UUAAUUUUCUUCGUCAAACUCGUACGGAUGGAUAUGCCGUUGGAACAAAAACUCUAUUUUUGGGGUAAAAUCUGAAAACUUUCGGAUCUGAGACGCGUUUUCGUGGAUUUAGCUGUCACGAUGAUGAUCCUGAUGAUAGUAGCAACGAUUUUGUGUUAAAAAUCUCGAUUAUCGUUUGAAAGUUUUUGUGUUAUGCCUCAGAUCUGACAACAUGAGGAAGAAGCUCGAUACUCGAUUUCCUGCCGCUCGGAUUAAAAAGAUAAUGCAAGCUGAUGAGGAUGUUGGGAAGAUAGCGUUGGCAGUGCCUGUUUUAGUUUCUAAAGCACUGGAAUUAUUUUUGCAAGACCUUUGUGACCACACAUAUGAGAUAACCCUUCAGAGAGGGGCAAAGACUAUGAGUGCAUUGCAUUUAAAACAUUGUGUGCAGAGCUAUAAUGUGUUUGAUUUUCUGAGGGAGGUAGUCAGCCGAGUUCCAGACUAUGGUCAUGGCCAUUCUGAUGCUGCUGGUGAUGAUCGUACCAUUCCAAAGAGAAGAAAAGCUGCAGCUGAUGAAAGCAAUGAAAGUGAUGAGGAGUUGAAGAAGAGCAGGAUGGAGAUGAGUCAUGCCGGCAGCAGUGGCAGAGGAAGAGGUCGGGGUCGAGGAAGAGGCCGUGGACGAGGUCGAACAGCAGAAAGAGAAACUUCCCAUCUUGAUACAGGACCCGAUCCCUCUACAUCAAUUCAGCAUAGCCACAGACACAAUCAGAACCCUGAUACAUUGAUGGAAAAUGGUUCUGAGGCAAAGGAAUUUUCAAAAGAGAAUAUUGCAGUUGCAGAUGCUGCCAACCCAGCAGCUCGAAAUUUUGAUCUGAACGCCCAUGUUGAUGAGAAUGAGGGCACAAAGACCACAGCAACAGCAGCAGCAGCAGCAGCAGCCCCUGCAUCCAUAGCCGGUCCUUCCACUGAGACUAGGCAUGAAGAAUUACCAGGCUGGUCUCUUUCUGAUGUGGACAAGAUGGCCAUUGACCCUCUUCAUCUGGCACACCUCAGCACAAGGUUAGAUGAGGAGGAGGAGGAAGAUUAUGAUGAAGAGGACUAACUAUGCAUGAAACAUCGUAGUGGUUAGUUAUUGGAAACAGGUAGAUGCUAAGCUCAUGGUGGCAAGAGAUGAGUACGAAGGUGUCCCCUUUGUUGUAGAUGAAAGCAUACCCCCAUGCAGUUUCCGCUAGAAGAUCUGGAAGGUUUUUAAUUCUCUUUAUUAGUUUUUCUCUACAUUAUGACAGGUUUCUGUAAUACCAGUUGCUAGUUACAAUUUCCAGAGGUAGCUUCCUGAUAAUUCAAGAAAUAUUAGACUGGGUACUUCAGUCUAUAAUCAAUGUAUGGCAGCCUUGGUAGAGGUAGAUUGCCCUUUGAGAAACUCCUCCUUAUAGUACUUUUUUCUUA